AAUUGCAAUUGUUUACGAGUCUUAUUACGCACAGUAGAAACGAGUGUGAGGGAGCUGCACCCAAACUGAUUUGGAAUAUAACCUCAACGGUUUAUAAUCUUUUGCUUGGUGUACAGGUGGACUGUAAAUUUAAUCAACAAGAUAAAUUGCAAAAUGUGUGAACACAGAUAAAUUACUGAAAAUAGUGAUUAAAUUGUGAAAUACUAAUCUCAUUUAUAAUUUCACAAAAAUUAUAUUUCAAAAUUACACGUACUUACACUCAAUUAUUCCUAUUCUAUCAAUAACAGGGUAUAUAUGUUCAUAACGUGUAUGUGAACAGUCAGUGAAAAGUUCUGAAAGAUUUUCUAAUUUUUUUGUGAGAAGAUUCUGAAAGUGACGUAUUAAUAUUAAUACUGGCAGUAAAAAUAGAAGUACAUUAAUUAAUAAAGAUAUGAUUCUCCAGGCUAAAGAUCGUUUGUACUGAACAAAUUGAUGAAAUUGAAUUUCGUAUUUACAGCAAGGCAUUAUUUCUUAAGCAAAAUGCCUUAUUAUGCAGUAGCCAGGGGUCGAAAGCCUGGAAUUUACGCCACGUGGGGUGAAUGCAGUGCUCAGGUUAUUAAAUUUCCUGGAUCAAUAUAUAAGAAAUUUGCAACAGAAAGCGAGGCUCAGAGUUUUAUAAAAGAGCGUUCCUCUUCAACUGUGGAGACAAAUUCUUCCAACGGGCUUGCUUCGUCGGAAAUUGUUAAAUCUGUAAGAUCUCAAGCCCUGCCGAAACAGCUGUUUGCACUUGGUGGCAAGCAGUCUGUGGCACAGACAAAAUUAUUAUCAAUCCCAAAGAGAACUUUGUCAACAAGUAGCGAUUCUAAUGAGCAACCAAGCAAAAAGAGGAAAAUAGCAUCAGACGUAUCAAAUUGCCUUGAAUCAACUCAGGAUAACAAAGAGGACUUGAUCGUGGACGAAAAUGGUUACGUGAACGUUUUCACGGAUGGUGCAUGCAGUUCGAACGGAAGCAAAGACGCGCGAGCCGGUAUUGGCGUUUGGUUCCGAGACAAUCAUCCUUUAAACGUAUCUCAACCGGUGGAGGGACGACCUACCAACAACAUGGCAGAGAUCCAAGCUGUCACGGUAGCAGCGAGGCAGGCGAAGAAGGCGGGAAUCAAGAAGCUGAGAAUCAACACAGAUUCCAAAUUUCUUAUCUCCUGCAUUACGCAAUGGAUGCCAAGAUGGAAGAGCAGAGGAUGGAAGACUAUAGUCGGCAAGCCAGUUAUAAAUAAAACAGAGCUGCUAGAAAUGGAGAAAGAACUGGAGAAUUUGACUGUUGCUUGGAAUCAUGUGCCUGGACAUGCAGGACUUCAUGGUAAUGAAAUGGCAGACAAACUGGCAAGAGAAGGCUGUUUGCGGUAUAAAAGACAAGAUUAAUCAAGUGAUUAAAAAGUACAAGGGACUUUCUAUAAAUUGCAUUCUAGAUUAUUUAGUUAUUUUAUUUUUGUAUACACAAUUUUCUGUAGAAAAUAUAGUGUAGAAAUUAAUAAAUUAAUUUUUAUUACA